AUGGCUCCCGCUUCCGCAGUUGUUUCAGCUCUUAUGCUGCCCGCUCUCGCUCUGGGAGCUGCCAUCGAGCCCCGUGGCACUGAGAUUGUUGGAGGAACCACCGCUGCUGCCGGCGAGUUCCCCUACAUCGUCAGUCUGUCUUCUCAGGGCUCUCACUUCUGCGGUGGUGUUUUGGUCAACGCCAACACCGUCGUCACUGCUGGCCACUGCUCCGUCGACUUCAGUGCCUCUCAGGUCAAGGUCCGCGCUGGAUCUCUCACUUGGUCUUCUGGCGGCACCCAGGUUGGUGUUUCAAGUAUCACCGUGAACCCCUCAUACACCACCAGGAACGGUGUUCCCGACUUCGACGUUGCCGUCUGGAAGCUGUCUUCUCCCAUCCAGACCAGCUCUACCAUUGGCUACGCCACCCUGCCCGCCUCUGGCUCUGACCCUGCUGCCGGAACUACCUUGACCACCGCUGGCUGGGGCACCACCAGCGAGAACUCCAACUCGCUCCCCUCAAGACUGAACAAGGUCUCCGUCCCCGUCAUCUCCCGCUCUUCUUGCAACAGCGAGUACGGCAACAUCAUCUCCACCAACAUGUUCUGCGCCGGCCUGUCACAGGGUGGCAAGGACUCCUGCUCUGGAGACUCCGGCGGCCCCAUCGUCGACUCCAACGGCGUUCUUCAGGGUCUCGUUUCUUGGGGCCAGGGCUGUGCUGAGGCCGGUUUCGCCGGUGUCUACACCAGACUCGGAUCCCUCUUGACCUUCGUCAACCAGCACCUGUAA